AGAACACUUCUCUGAAGCUAAGAGGAAGAAUGGGUAAUUUGUUCUCCAGGACAAGCAGCAGUCUGGUCAUCACAAUCCACAGCAAAGGAAAAUGGAACCAGCACUGGCAGUCGCAUUUGGCAUCCAACAAGCUGAUGGUGAUUGACUUCUCGUCGUCCAAUUGCGGGCCAUGCCGUUUCAUCGAGCCGGAGAUCAAUGCCAUGGCGGCAAGGUACACUGAGAUCGAGUUUGUCAAGAUUGACGUCGACAAGCUCAUGGAGGUGGCGGAGAAGUGGGACGUGGAGGUGGUGCCGACUUUUGUGCUGGUAAAGAGAGGGAAGGAGGUUGGCAGAGUUGUCGGUGCCGACAAGAAGGAGCUCGAGGAGACGAUCCAGCAGCAGCAGCAGCAUCAGCAGCGGUACUGAAGAAGAAGGAGAACCGAUGCUUCAUGUCUCCUGCAGAUGAAUGAUGGGAGCUCUUCAUUCCCUUCCUUUCCCUUCUUCCUUCUAGGCAAACUUGUUCUAGGGUUUAUGCUCUUGUUCCAUUCUCCUAGCUGCUGCUGUGUUCUAUGAAUCAAUCAAUCAAUGAAGUUUUCAUAGUAAGUCA